UUUCUGGUGACAGCCUGUCUCAUAAAUCUGACACUGAGAGAGAAGCAGCUCAGUGGCCAACAAAAGGUAAAUGUAAAAGAAAAACAUCUUUUUCAUUGUAUGUUUGUGUUUGCAGUCAUCAGCGACACAAACACAGAGGAGAGUUUCCAGGAUCCAGCUCUGUGUCCAUGAACAGUGACACGUCCAGAGAUUAUCCUCCAGUCUUCAGUCAUGAACAUGGACCCUCAGUCACACAAGAAACAAAGCGUAAUAAUUUUUUCGUGGGGAAGCCAACAUCCUGUUGUGUGUCGUGUCAUGGUGCCCUGAAGGAUUCAUCAGACUUCUGUCUACAGUGUAGAGAAAAUUCCAGAACCAGAGAUAAUCAGCAUGCAGCCAAUACUGGUCUGCAAAAAGCUUUAGAUGCAUUAAAGCUCACUCUGAUUAACAGAUGUGAACAUGUGUAUGAAGGAACUGAUAAAACAGGAAGUGAAGCCCCCCUCAGAGUGAUCUACACUGAGCUCUACAUCACAGAUGUGCAGAAUGAAGAGUUUCAAAUCCAACAUGAGGUCAGGCAGGUGGAGAGAACUUCCAAGAAGAAGAUCCUCCAUGAAACAUCAAUCAGAUGUCAGGACAUCUUAAAAACCUUGCCUGAUCAAAAGACACCCAUCAGAGUGGUUCUGACAUAUGGCGUUGCUGGCAUUGGAAAAUCCUUCUUGGUGCAGAAGUUCACUCUGGACUGGGCAGAUGGCUUAGAAAACCAAGACAUUAGUUUGGUGGUUCUGCUUUCUUUCAGGGAGCUGAAUUUGGUCAGUGAUGAGCAGUACAGUCUUCUGGAGCUGAUCCAUGUUUUCUAUCCAACAUUACAGAGCAUCACAGCAGAGAAGCUCACUAUGUGUCAUCUUUUGUUCAUUUUUGAUGGCCUGGAUGAAAGCAGACUUUUGUUGGAUUUUGCAAACAGGAAGCUUGUGUCUGAUGUCACACAGAAGUCCACCAUUAGUGAGCUGCUGACAAAUCUCAUCGAGGGGAAUCUGCUUCCCUCUGCUCUCAUCUGGAUAACUUCCCGACCUGCAGCAACAAGUCAAAUCCGUCCAACAUAUGUUGACAGGGUGACAGAAGUUCGAGGCUUCACUGAAGCUCAGAAGGAGGAGUACUUCAGGAGGAGAUUCAAAAAGAAUGAGCUGUCAAGCAGAAUCAUCUCCCACUUGAAAACAUCCAGGAGCCUUUACAUUAUGUGUGGAAUCCCAGUCUUCUGCUGGAUCACUGCUACAGUUCUGGAGCACAUGUUGACUACAGAGCAGAGAGCAGAGCUGCCCAAGACCCUGACUGACAUGUACUCACACUUCCUGCUGGUUCAGACAAAGAAAAAGCACAAGUACCACGGAGGACAAGCGAUAAAGCAGCAGGAGCUCGCCAGAACUGACAGGGAAGUUAUUUUGAAGCUGGGCAGGCUAGCAUUUGAACAUCUGCAGAAAGGAAACAUCCUGUUCUACCAAGAAGACUUGGAGCAGUGUGGUCUGGAUGUCACAGAGGCCUCGGUGUACUCAGGAGUUUGUACAGAGAUCUUCAAAAGAGAGUCUGUGAUCUUCCAGAAACCAGUUUACUGCUUUGUUCAUCUGAGCAUUCAGGAGUUUCUGGCUGCAGUCUACAUGUUCCACUGUUACACCAACAGGAAGACAGAGGUGCUGCAGAACUUCCUUACUGAGGACGAUAAAGGAAAUAAGAUAUCUCUGGAAGAUAUCUCAUCUCUGGAAGGUUUUCUGAGCAGAGCCAUGGAGAAAUCGUUCCACUGUAUGUUCGGCCAACUGGAACUGUUCGUUCGCUUCCUUCAUGGCCUCUGUCUAAAGUCCAACCAGAGACUCUUGGGAGGUCUGCUGGGUCAGGCAGAGUACAAUCCUGAAAGCAUCCAGAGAGUUAUCAACAACCUAAAGGAGAUUAGCAGUGAUGGCAAGUGUCCUGACAGAUGUCUAAACAUUUUCCACUGUCUCAUGGAGAUGAAGGACCUCUCUGUACAUCUGGAGAUCCAAGAGUUCCUAAAGUCACAGAAAAAAUCAGAGAAGAAACUCUCUGGAAUUCAGUGCACAGCUCUGGCAUAUAUGCUGCUGAUGUCAGAGGAGGUUUUGGAUGAGUUGGAUCUGGAAAAGUACAACACAACAAAGGAGGGUAGAGAGAGACUGGUUCCAGCUGUUAAGAACUGCAGAAAGGCUCGACUUCAUAAGAUUUUUGUCUAUGUGGGUAAAUGUGGCCCUGUGGCCUCAGCUCUGAAGUCCAGUCCCUCCCAUCUGAAAGAGCUGUGCCUGAGUUCAAUCAACCUGGAGAUUCCAGCAGAUGAAACUUUUGCUAAUCUGGGGGAUCCAAACUGUAGACUGGAGACACUCAGAUUUGAGGACAGCACUUUGUCAGAGAACAACUGUGCUGCUCUGCUCAGUGCUCUGAAGUCCAACCCCCCCUAUCUGAAACGUCUGGAUCUAAUAGGAUGCAACCUGGAGGGUUCAGGAAUGAAACAGCUGUAUGAUUACCUGGAGAGUCCACACUGCAAACUACAGUUUAAAAGGUCAGUUCACUUGACUUAGAUUAUAAAGGAAAAAUAUUUCUUUGGUUUCUAUUUAUUGGUGUGUCUGCAGAACAAACAAUCACACAUACAAAGAGAAUAAGGAUGUGUGUAGAAGGCUGACUUUGUGAUGAUCCACAGAAACAAAACAACAAAGUUACUCCUCAUUUUAGAGAAAAUCUUUAAAUAUGCGGUUCAUAUGGUAACAUUGAACUGCACAUUUAAAGGUCUUGUGUUUUUAUACUUUAUAAAUUCUUAGUUUCACAUGUCCCCAGUAUUUACGUUUCGGGCUUCUGUUUAAAACAACACAGAUCUUUGUUUUGGUUUUUUUUGUAACCAUGUCUGCAUGCCUCUAGUUAGAAACUCCUUUCAGUAUCUGUGGAUUCAAACUGGAAUGGGCACUACACCCACCUCUUUCUGUGGAAAACAGUCACCAGGAGCAGAGCAGCUCUUUCUGUACACUGUGUAUAGCUUUUCAAUAGAGAACUAAAUUUGACACUGCAUGACUUCUAACUGCAAAUGCACCACAUUUAAAUCAAUAUGUUAUAGCCAUUAUGUUCUCAGAACAAAAGAUUCUUGAAAAUACAUGAACUGUGACUUUAUCUGUACCAAAGUUAAAUAUGUCAGGAAAUGUCUCUCACAUUCACAAUAGUAAGCUGCUCACUUCUUCCUGGACCUCCAUCUUCCACAGGUUACAAAAGGAGACACUGAUCAGUAAAAGCAUUUUAACACAAAAAUGAAUCUAUUAGAAAUACAAACCCUGAAUGUACUUAUAUUCAGUUUUAAUGUAGUUUGUUCAGUGUGACUUCUCCUUUGUCUUUUCUCACUUUGUUAACAAAAAGAUGUAACAAUUCAUUUUGUAUGCUAUCUGUUUUUGGACCCAUCUCAUCAUGUUCCUGCAGAGUGUCUGUGGUUUAGAUGCUGCACUGUGGUGAGUAUUAUUGAGAUCUCUUAGUGUAUUUACAAUUUUUUUCUGAAUGCUUAAACCCUAACUGUGAUUCUUACAGCACAAUUUCUAAAACUAUUGAUACCUAUAGCAAAACCACUCACUGAGUUUGCAAAACUAAAAGCACAAACACUGCUUUGCACUCAGUUUGCCAUUUUGUAACACACACUUUGCAAACCUGUAGCUACAAUCCACUGCACAGCACUCUUUUUGCAGAACUGUAAACACAACUCACUGCUUUACACUCAAUUUCCAAAUGAUCAAUGCACUCCUAGCAAAACUAUACACAUUUAUGGCCAUUAUUUAGACUCAAAGGAGCUUGCAAAGACAUUAUUUAGACAUUAUUUAGACUACUGUAUUUUGCCAACUGUCUGGCACACUGUCACAUGUGAAAACAUUUUUUAGAUAAUUA